GCCUCCUCCUGCCUCCCUGCCUGUCACAGGACACCCACCUUUCUGUCAGCGGAGCAUUUGAGCCUCAGCCGCCCGCAGUCCCGUCCACGCUGCUCGGACACACGGCUCGUUAGACGGCGGUCCAGCGUCGCCUCUUCAGUGAGAUGCCAGGAAAGUCGCGCUUCGCCGACAGAGCUCGUCGCGGCUUUCGCUCCGGUUUUUGAGAAGCGUCGCCGCGGUCCUCCUGUUCAUUAACGCUAGCCGGCUGUCGAGGUGUGAAAAGUCAGUGUCAUGACUGGAGCUGAGACUGAGGAUGAUAUUCCAUUAGGCGAAAGGAAGACUGUCACAGAUUUCUGCUAUCUCCUGGACAAGUCCAAACAACUCUUCAAUGGGCUAAGAGACCUUCCUCAGUAUGGACACAAGCAGUGGCAGUCCUACUUUGGACGGACGUUUGAUGUCUACACUAAGCUGUGGAAGUUCCAGCAGCAGCACAGGCAGGUUCUCGACAGUCGGUAUGGCUUGAAGAGAUGGCAGAUUGGGGAAGUUGCAUCCAAAAUUGGACAGCUUUACUACCACUACUACCUUCGUACCUCAGAAACAAGUUACCUGAAUGAGGCCUUUUCAUUCUACUCAGCCAUCCGUCAGCGCUCCUACUACUUUCAGGUCAACAAAGAGGACAGGCCAGAGUUAGUAGUGAAGAAGCUUCGAUAUUAUGCUCGCUACAUAGUCGUGUGUUUACUGCUGAACAAGAUGGACCUAGUCAAAGUUUUGGUGAAGGAGUUAUCUGAGGAAAUCGAAGAUUACACACAGCGAUUCAACACAGAGGACCAAUUGGAAUGGAAUCUGGUUCUACAGGAGGUGGCAGCUUUUGUAGAGGCAGAUCCAGUGAUUGUUCUGAAUGACAACAAUUCUGUCGUCGUCACCAGCAAUCGGCUGCAGGAGGGAAGCGUGCCUCCACUGGAGCAAGGCAUGGUGGUUGGGCAGCUCGUCCUUGCAGAUGCACUAAUCAUCGGCAACUGUAACAACCAGGUGAAGUUCAGUGAGUUAACCAUCGAUAUGUUCCGAAUGCUUCAAGCUUUGGAGAGAGAACCUGUAAACCUGGCCACACAGACCUCCAAACAAGGAACAUUGGAACCCAAUGAGAAGCCAGCAAAAAGAGAAAACCCUCACAAGUAUCUGCUGUACAAGCCGACAUUCAGCCAGCUUUUUACGUUCUUGUCUGCCUCUUUUAAGGAAUUGCCUGCCAACAGCGUUUUGCUUGUCUACCUGUCGGCUACCGGAGUCUUCCCAACUGGGCAUUCAGAUUAUGAAGGACCGUAUGAUUUCGGAGGAGUUCUCACAAAUACGAAUAGAGAUGUGGUGAACGGAGAGAUGGUGCAGAAGAGGAACCAGGCCCAGAAAGAAAUGCACUGCCUUCAUCCAGGGGACUUGUUCCCUUUCACCCGGAAGCCACUUUUUGUCAUUGUGGAUUCUUCAAACAGCACAGCCUACAAGAAUUUCACAAAUCUGUUCGGCCAGCCUCUGGUGUGCCUACUAUCACCUACAGUAUAUCCCAAGAGUGUUCAAGAUCAGUCUCAGCGUGGGAGUCUCUUCACCCUGUUCCUCUACAGCCCGCUGCUGGCUUUCUCCUCGGUGUGCGGCUUAAGCAGCGUGCGACGAGGACUGUGGGAGAGGGCUCAAGAAUUUCUUCGCAAAGUCUACCGUGACAUUGGGCAGAUGAUAACUCGCUCACGGACCAUAGAUCAAGCCUUUUUACAGUUCUUUGGAGACGAGUUCCUUCGGCUGCUGCUUAUCCGCUUUGUGUUCUGCUCAGCCGCACUGAGACUGCAUAAACUCUUUCGGGAGUCCCGGAGCUUCCCAGAGUCCUACCCUGAGCUCCCCAAACAGGACACAGUAGAGAGCAGCCUUCUACAGAAGCAUAUUUUGGAGCUGGCGACCAUGCUGGACGUGCAGAGCCUAUUUUGGGAUGAUUCACUGGAAGCCUACUAGCAUCUUCACGCAGGGCGAAGUGGCAUACGUGUACAUACAGACUCCACUGCCAGAGCCCGCACAGUUCUCUUUCUUUUUUUCUUAUUUUUCUUUUUUUACAGGUAAUGAAAUAACCGAUUCAGCACACACGAGUUCAUGUCUUUCAUUUAACUGUUGCUCGUGGAAUCAAAUGUAGUGCAACAUUAAAAUGUUCACGUAGAUAAGCCGGAGAGUUUUACAUAGUGUAAAUUCCCCAUUUUGAGUCUCAUCGGCUCGCCUCGUAAAUAUAAGCAUCACGUAAGACGUAAGAGUAAACGAACAAGUGAGAGGCUGCAAAUAACUUUUCAACUCGUCGUUCCCCAUUCAGACGUAGGGUUGAAAGCUGCGGCCUUAACGUCAUUCCUCGUGUCAGAUAAUUGUGACGAAGCUAGCAGUCUUGGUUUUGUGUGUUUUUGUUUUUUUUAAAUAAUAUUUCUCAUUGUUUAGAGUGAAGGUUGUGCAAGCCUAAAGGAUAGAAAAUGGAAAAAUCCUGGGAAGCUUCCAUGUAUGACUUUAUCUAUCUGUAUGAAGGCAGAGCAGGGGGGGGCUGAGAGAGAACGCAGUGCUCUACAAAACCCUUCAUAUUACAAACGAGUCAACGUUGCUCGCACGUGGAGCUGGAAUUAGAAAGAUUUCACCAAAAAUGUUGCUCUGGAUAUUUGUAUUUGCCAAACAGUGCUUGCUGUACAGCAGCUUAACCUGUAGCAAGCUGAGGUGCAUGAGGUCAUGUUCUGUUGUGUGUUGUAGGCCCUCAUUAGCUGUAAGGAUCACACUCCUUUAUGUCAUUAACCAGCAUCUACUACCUUUAAUCUUCCAUUGUUUUGGCCUUGAGCAUUUUCAAAGUGAUCGUUAUUCCUUUUCCACAUCACUGUGCUGUAUUUGCAUGCAAAAAGGCAAAGAAAUGUAUCCACUUUGUUCUUUUAUUCACAACAAAUGGCCUCCAGCUGAUAAGGCUAUAAAAAGGCUCGUUGAUUUUAAAUGGCGUAGGGUUGGACGUAAAAUUGAGUGCAUGCGUUGCAUGAGCCUGUACGUCUGUAGUUGAGUCAACAAACGAAGACAAUCUAGUUUGAGAGCAGGGGAGAUGACUUAGGGAAAAGGCUACGUGGUAUGUACACCAACAUGUUUUCACAGACAUGCACCAUUAGGUUUGUUACUUCAACGACUAGCCAACACACCUCUGUAACCUUAAUGAUGACAGGAUCAUCAUGUGACCUGCCGGUUGUAUAUGCUGGGUGGAACAUCAUCGGCUUGCUUCUUUUCAAACUACAGCCAACACCAGUCAUUUUACCUGUCCGCCUUUGAUCCACUUCUUCAAGCUUCCAGAUGCUGCCAUCUUUGUCUCUGUUAGUGGAACCACAAAACAAUCCACAUGCUGUGAAAAGAGGAAGUCUGCUAACCUGCUAAUCAAAUCCAAAUCCCUCACUUGUUGAGUCUGUAGAGGUAGUUUUUGGUGGAGAAUGGAGAUACACGAUGCACUUACCGUUACCUGAAGGUGAAAGUGUUGUUGCAGUGCUGCAGGUCACAGGAUGCAGUGUGAUAUGGGAGGUAGGCAGUGGAGGAGCGCUCAAAAUGAACCCAGGUUCUUACUUUGACAUGAUGAAGGCUAUGUUAUAGCUAAACCUUUGUUCAGUCAGUCAGUCAACAAAAGAAACUGGUGAGAUAGUGAUUGAAAGAUUUGAUUGGGCUUGAUCACUAACAAAUCUGGACAUUUUACCAAGUUUUGAGCUUAAACUAGCAACUAGCAUUUCCAGAGGCAUAGGGGAAGUGCUUUCUCAUUCACUUCAUGCAUUGUGUGGAAGGAAGCAGCACGUCAGUAGACAUCAGUAAUCUGUUGUCUCAGAAUGACACCUCGCAUGUAGCAUUACAGUACAGACGUGUGUUUCCUCAUUCUUCUACGCUGAUAGUAGAAUUAAGAAAGCCCAAAGACUUGGUUAGUGGUGUAAAGGUGUGCUUGUUGACUUCAGUGGUCAUGAGAACACCUGAUGAAUUUCCACUAUCUAUCUUUUAGGUUAAAUCAAUAGUGUGUAAUAGUGAAAUCAUUUAAUGAUGUUUAGUUUUAGACAGUUUAGGCCAAAACAAGAAGGUUUUUAGGAGAACAUGCUGCAUGUUGCAUUGUUUCAGAGGGUAUGCAGGUUUCUGACAUAGUAUUUUUACCAUUGUAACCUUCAUUUUUCUCCCACUAGCAGGGGGGCUCAAAGAUGGCAGUGUCUGUCAGCAGGUCUCCAUCCAAUGCUUUGACCCUAAAAAGGAUAUUACAAAUACUACAGUCACUGAAUGGCCAGGACAUUGCUGAUUUACUGACAAGUAGAUUCCUAAAGAUUUUGACACCCACCUAAACAUUUAGUUCAAGACAAGGUUUUUAUCUCCAUAAUCUACUGACCACUACUGUUCCAAACCUUGCUGUGGCUGAUCCCCAGACAAUGAACGCUAAUUUUCUAAAUGACCCUUUGAUCUUUAGUGCCAGUCUUACUUGGCACACAAGCCAUGUAAUUUCUUCUCCUAUAAAAGAUAAUGCUGUCGUUUUUUGUUUGUAUUAUUUUAAGACCAAAGACCAGAAAAAAAGGGUCAGUCAUUUCCUAAAGCAGCAGAUUGCUGUAGGUUUUAACAAACGUUACUCAAACAGAAGGAAACAUUUGCUGGGGACUAGUUUCAGCGGCGGAUUAAUCCACGUUUGGUGCUCUAGUGAGUAUUUGGAACAGCUGGACAGUGUGUGUAGGAUUGAGUCAAAAUAAACAGCAGUGUGUGUGUUCAUGGUAGUGAAGGAACACGUCACCCAGUGCAACAGUGUGGCUCAGUGAUGAGUUUUAGUAGUUUAAGGACAACAGUGGAGCUCAAUGGCACAGAAGAAGAAGAUAUCUCAGGCUGAGAUGGCAGUAGAUACAUUAAUUGUUGGUUUGGGACUUUUCAUGGGAUUUGUGGAAAGUUAGAAAAACAUAUUAUCACCAGCCUUAUUCAUUAAAAACUGACAUUUUUUACCCCAAUUCCACAACGGCUCUCAGAAUAGCUAAAAGCUAAAUUGUCAGUAUGUAAUACCUUUUUGUCUAGGCUCAUAGCCAGGCUUUAAGGUUUGUAUAGAUGGUUUCAUACAUUUUGAAUGAUGCUGAACAUUUUAAUUAACACUCCACAAAGUAGAAAUGAGCUGAAGGCAGGUAUGGAAAGUCAGAAUGUUUAUCAGGUGUUGCCAUUGCUGAUUUAUUUGUGGCACCAGCAGGGGGAGUGAUUGCACAGAGCAUUGGAGUGAUGCUGAUACUGAAACCAGCUGACAGUUAACUGCCCUGGACCAAAAUGUUCAAGUCAUGCAGUGAUGCAGGAAGUAGCCAAGCCGGCUGGUCGGAUUAAGAUUUUUGAAUUGACAAAAAUCAUAUGAAGAACACUAUUUUUAGUGUUUGUUAUAUUUAUUGACACUGUCAGAGUACGUGUACAGAUAAUGUAAAGCAAUGUUUUUGACACAGACGUGUUUGUUCAGUAUUUAGUAAGUCUAUAACAUGUGUCAUGAAAGAUGAAGUUGAAAUUAGGGAGGAGCAAGAUGUUCAUGAGGCCAGCUUGUUCUUUGGCCAUUUUUCUAAAGAUGUUACAUUCCAACUUUCCAGAGAUUUGAAGAGAAGCAGAGGAAAACUACCACAGUUUCCUCCACUUUUCAUUUGUCUGGGAAAGUGAACCAUUUCUACAUUUUCUUCUAUUUUCCUUGUAAUAUCAACCUCCACGUUCCCUUGUGUUGACAGUUAUGACAAUUAAGAUAUUGUAGGCUUGCACUUUAUGAAGUUUGAUAUUGUUAUGAUCUUGUUUGUUGUGCUUUAGGGAAAAAAAGAGAAAAUCCUUCCACAUGAUUGUUCUUCAUGCCAGCCCUUCACACUGGUGACCUUUUUUACAAAGAGUAAAAGUCGUGCGAGUCAGUGAUUUCAAGCAUUUUCCUAUAGGACCUUUUCAUCUGCUGUCUCUUUUUUAACAGCUUCUGCCUGAAAUGUGUCAAACAUAUUGGCUGGUUUCUGCAAUAACAUGUUCUUUUACAUGUGUGAAAGAAGUAGAAACUCUGUUUUACAGCCAGCGGUGCUCUAAAACAAUGCUGUCAGUGGAGAUUACAAUGCCAAUCACGAUUAUUACUUUGCAAAGAAAAUGAAAAGAAAAAAGACCUCACGUGUUUGGACAUCAAUCAGGACAGAAGAGGAAGAAGUGAAGAAAUGUAUUCAUUUAAAUUGUCAAAUAUUGCAUGUUGACAAGUUUGUACGUUAAGUCUCAAAAACUCAUGUUUCUAUGUUUAUAAUGUGUUAUUUAUGGUGUGUUCCCUGAACUCAAAAUCCAUGAAAAUAGCAAAACUGUGGCCAAAUGGCACAAGUAAGCAUUAUUUAUUGGAAAAUAACCCCAAACAGUGAAGUGCACUGUACUCUGAUCAUAAUUAUAACUAUAAAAAGAAACAAAUAAACAAGAAAACUUUUAGCUUCUGUUAAGAGCGUUUGCUGCGGUCAUGUCGUCUGUGCUUCAUGUGUAAAAAGGACCAUUAGCACAGUAAAAUAGUAUGAAUUUGAAUUUGCUUGAAACAGGAUUAAGUAUUGUAUGAGUGUUUGUUUGAAUUUCUUUUUGUUUGUUUCAUGUUUUUCCAGUUUCACAGAAGCUACUCAGCAGCAUGGUGCAAUAGCUCAAACUGAUUCUGCAUGAUGAAAAUGGCUUUUCCUGCUUCAGAGCAGAUUCUUAUAGAGCCUCAGAGUUCCUGGAAGCUGAUUCAAGAUAACAAGAACAAGAUAUUAAUUUGUGUGAACAAGAUAUUCAGAAGCUAGUAACUAGCGUGAACUAGAUAAGUUGUGUGAACAGAUAUUAAAUUGUGCAAGCAAGAUGCUAACUUUUGCUAAGCAUAGAACUGCUAGAAACCAGAUUGCUUGUGUGAACAUGUUAAUUUGUGCAAACAAGAUAUUGACUUGGGAACAAGAUAUUAAUGUAUGCAAGCAAGAUAACUGAUAAACAAGCUCGGUGAACAAGAUAUUCAUUUGUGGGAGCGAGAUAUCGACAAGAUAUUAACUUGUAUGAGCAAGAUAUUCAUUUGUAGGAACAGCUUAUUAAAAUAUUGUGCAAAUGAGAGAAAUCUGUGUGAACAAGAUAUUCACCUGUGAAACAGGAUAACUUGUUUAAACACGACAGUUUGAGAUUAACAAGAUGUGCAAGCAAGAUAUUCAUUUGUGGGAACAAGAUACAAAAAAUUAUGACUUUGUGCUCAGGACAUUUUAACUUCUGGGAACAAGAUCAUGUCCGCAAAUAACAUUAACGAGAUAUUAACUUGCGGAAACAAGCUGAUAACCUGUGCACACUUUCUAUUUGAUGGUGUGUGACCAUCAGAUAUUAACAUUGAUGGCUGAUCUACAUCAUGCUGAGUUCAUCCUUUUCUCACAGCCUUAUGCAAGGUGGGCACUGUGACAAACCCAAGAUAUGAUAAGGCUUUCUUCUCCCCUCUGCUGCCAUCGCCUUUACAUAUUGUUUUGUAUUGGUUUGCCUUCAGAAACUGCUGAAUGUUCAAAGAUAUCUCAAGUGAUUCGUGUGCUGGACCUGAUUAAGCCUUGUAGGAUAAAUGUUUCACUUUAAUUUGAAUCCCUUUUUUUCUUAGUUUGUUUUUUCAGAAUUUGGGGUAUCAAAAUAUGCCUAUGUUUGCAUCCCUGGACCUAUGUUGGGGUGUGUUGUCUUUUUCUUAUUCCCAUGCAUAACUUUUCAAACCCAGGUAGAUGAGGUGAUCCGUUCAAGUUGUUUCCAACAGCUGCGAUUAAGUUUUCAAGCAGAAAAUAUAACAUCAGAUUUUCGUUGCUGUCCCGCAGAAUCCAUUUGUUUUUCUAAAGCUGCCACUAUGCACUUUGGUCCGACAUAGAGCAUACAUGAAACUUAGACACUUAGAGAAAUUAGCAACAGGGAGGAUUUGAAGGCCAGUUGUAGGGGUGUGAUCUGGUGAGACCGAAUCAGUGCUCGCCCUGCAUAACCAGCAUAGAAUCCACUGGAGCACGAGAAGUAAACUUGUUUUUGACAUGACAAGCACAAAAGCCACUGCUCCAUGUAGUUCACCCACAUCCGUGGAGAAGGAUGUCGACGCCUCUUGGGAACACAUUGCAAAUAACUGCCGACUGAUCAAUCCUGUUUUCUCCCCCAGAUAUGCAGGGGUCAUUUCUACCUUUUUAUACUUGUAAUAAUGUCCAGAAGAUGGGUGCAGCCUUCCUUUAUAGCAACAUGUGUGAUCUGCUUCUUGUGAAUUUCAGUCAGUGUCAAACUGUCAAAUGUACUGUAUUUUCCUAAAUUUCUGUUUAAAAAAUGCACAGAUUAUUAUCUCUGUAAGCAGCAUGUUUGUUUAGAAUAGAAAGUGCCAAAGAUUGGUGUACUCUCACUUUCUCAAGCUUGAGAUCAGUUAUUGUAUCAGAUGGGCUUUUUUUCUGUGUUGCCAGAUGGAGCCAAUAAAGAAAAAGAAAA